UCCACAUUUCAGCCAAUCACAUUAGUCAGUGAUUGGCGUUCUCCUCCGUCAGUCACAAACAUGGCGUUGCGAGAGUUAGCAUCGCUAGAGAAAUAUUUGGGCCUUAGAAAACCAAAUAAGUACAGCACACAGGGGGAUAAAAAGACCCCUGUGCUGCAGAAUAAUGCUGCUCCUCCGCUGCUGGGGCUGGUGACCAUCGCUUGUCACCUGGUGAAAGAGGCCAAGCGCCCUGAGCUGCUGGGUGACUCGGCGGAAAGCAGGGCAGUGGUGCAGCAGUGGCUGGAGUACAGGGUGACCAAAGUCGACAACUGCUCAAAGGAAGACAUCAAGAUAAUCCUGAAGGACCUGAACCUCUACCUGCACGACCGAGUCUUCCUAGCGGGGAACCGUUUCACCGUAGCUGAUGUUCUGAUGUACUACGGAUUACAUCCACUCAUAGUGGACCUGACCGUCCAGGAGAAGGAGCAGUUUACCAACGUCUCUCGCUGGUUCGACCACAUCCAGCACCACCCUGGUGUCCGACACCACCUCCCUCCGGUAGCUGUGCUCAGGAACAGAAUUUACACCAGCAGACACCACUGACACCCUCCAAAAUACUCAACCAGACGUGGUACGACUCUUCUGCCCUUCAGACCGGACCUGGGCUUCAACCCUCAUCGCAUCUUCAUCACAAGUGUAGAUUAUUUCCAUAUGAGUCUUUUAUUCUGUAACUCAUGAUUCAGGUGUGCUAACGCUAAAGGGUGUCUGGUAUCUCGAUACCGUCUGGUGCAACACUCUGUGUGUUUAUGUUGUUUUAUAUUUGUUGGAUGUUUUCAAAGGGAAAUCGUUGUGAGUGGUGCAGCUCAGUAGAAGGGUGUUUCUGUUUGUAAGAGAUUAUUUAAUCUGAGCCUUGAACGUGCUGCGACAGGUAGCAGUGCACAAUGUUCCAGGGAACAGCUCCCUACAUGUCUCUAGUGCUGGUGCUGCUGGUAUCAGCAGUCUGUUUUAGUCCCGUGAAGGCCACCAAGGCCAUGUUGCUCUGAUUCUGCAAUUUUAUCCCAUUAAACCUCAGGCUCCGUUCAGUUCUCUGA